AUGGCACCUUCAAACCCUCUCGCCAACUGGGAGAAGGUCGGCGACAGCUUCUAUCGCAAAAUCCCCGUAUAUGACGCUAUCUUCGAUGAGGAUGUUGAACUAGAGAACUACAUCGUCACGGGCGCGCCGUAUGGUGGAGCUAUCGCGCUUUAUCGCGAUGAGACCAAGCCCAUCAGGCUGCGGGAUUCACAGGCGUCCCGAUCGAGCAUCGAUGUUUAUUCAUGCUCAGGAAAGCAAAUUCAUCGAAUCAACUGGGAGCAAGCCACUAUCCGUGGAAUCGGCUGGUCCGACAAAGAGGAGCUCUUGGUCGUGGCUGAGGAUGGCACAGUCCGCCGUUAUUUCGGCUUGGACGGCGACUUCACCUCUUUUUCCCUUGGUAACGGUGCCGAAGAGUAUGGCGUGAGAGACUGCCAAUUCUGGUCAUCCGGCCUUGUAGCAUUGUUGUCCAACAACCAGCUGAUCGCGGUCUCAAAAUAUGAUGAGCCAAGACCCAAGCUUCUUGCACCUUGCCCUGAAGGUGAAGUCUCGUCAUGGGCGUUGAUCCCACCCGCGCAUACUCUUUCGCGAUCCGUGGAGGUCUUGCUUGCGGUUGAUAAGACUGUCUAUCUGGUCGACUCUACAGAGGCCGAAGACAAGAUUCUGCAAGACGGUCCAUUUAAGCAUGUUAGCAUAUCUCCGACCGGGCGCUUUGUUGGCCUUUUCACCGCAGAGGGCAAAUUAUGGGUUGUCAGCAACGACUUCCAGAACAAGCUUAGCGAGUAUGAUUCAAAAUCUCGGGUACCACCUAGCACUGUGAAAUGGUGCGGAGAUGAUGCGGUUAUUCUCGCCUGGGAGGACGAGAUUCAUCUCGUCGGACCUAGUGGUGCUGCAUCCAAAUACUACUACGAUGGCCGUGUGCAUGUCAUACCCGAAUUUGAUGGAGUUCGUCUGCUCACCAAUGAUACUUGCGAAUUUCUACACAAAGUCCACGGCGUUACAGAAGAGAUUUUUCGACUUGGUUCUGGCUCUCCUGCGUCCGUGCUACUUGACUCUGUGGAUCAAUUGGAAAAGAAGUCGCCUAAAGCGGAUGAGAAUAUUCAGCGCAUUCGCUCAAGUCUUCCUGCAGCGGUUGAUACGUGUAUCAAAGCCGCGGGCCAUGAAUUCGAUGCUUAUUGGCAGAAACGAUUGCUGAAGGCAGCAUCGUUUGGAAAAUCAGUCAUCGAGCUUUACAACAGUGAUGAAUUUGUCGAGAUGACCGAAAAAUUGAGAGUCUUGACGGCAGUGAGAGAUUAUCAAAUCGGGUUGCCGCUAUCAUAUGAGCAAUAUCUACGUCUCACUCCGGAAGGCCUCAUCGAGCGUCUAAUUAGCCGUCAUGAAUAUCUCCUUGCCAUCCGAGUCUCUGAGUAUCUCCAGAUACCUGCAGAUCGGAUUUAUGUUCACUGGGCAAGUCAAAAGGUCCGGGUUUCUACGGUAGAUGAUGAAGCAGUAUGCAAGCUCAUUGUUCAAAGACUAGAAGGAAAGCCAGGUAUCUCCUUUGAGGUCAUUGCACAAACUGCCUAUGAUGAAGGUCGAUCGCACCUGGCUACGCAGCUGUUGAACCAUGAACCACGAGCUGGCAAACAAGUCCCAUUGCUACUAAACAUGGAGGAAGAUGAGCUUGCCUUGGACAAGGCAAUUGAAAGCGGAGAUGAUGAUCUAGUGAAUUACGUUCUUCUGCACCUGAAGAGUACGAUCCCUCUAGCGAGCUUCUUCCGAAUGAUCAAUAGUCGUCCCAUGGCAUCCGCACUUGUUGAAACUGCGGCUCGAGAUGAAGACACCGAGCUUCUAAAGGAUCUAUACUACCAAGAUGAUCGGCCUAUCGAUGGAUCUAAUGCGCUAUUGUCGGAAGCUUUACGCGAAUCAGACCCCCAACGCCAGACGGAGAAACUUGCGCUUGCAUCGCGUCUGCUGUCAGAUUCGAAAGAUCCUACCGUGGUCUUACAACAAAAAUUGAUUUCUGAAGCAUCCCAGCUCAUUAAGGCCCAAGAAUCAUUGGACAAAGAUCUUGCAGACCACUCAGAGUUCAUGGGUCUCAGUUUGAACGAAACAAUCUUCAGGCUAUUUCGGGCUGGUUAUGGAAAACGUGCGCAUAAGAUGCAGAGCGAAUUUAAGAUGCCCGAGAAGACCUUUUGGUGGUUGCGCCUUCGAGCCCUGGUGGCUAAACGCGAUUGGGGUGAGUUAGAGGAAAUUGGUAGGAGCAAAAAGUCCCCUAUUGGGUGGGAGCCUUUUUAUAACGAGGUCCUUGGCGCCGGAAACACAAAGCUUGCUUCGUUAUUCGUUCCUAAAUGCACAACCUUACCAGUCGCCGAGCGGAUUGAGAUGUGGAUCAAGUGUGGAAUGAUCGUCAAGGCGGGAGAAGAGGCACAAAAGGCCAAGGACAUUAACACCUUAGAACUCCUUCGGACCAAGGCGUCCGGUCCUGCAAUUACGGAAAUUGAGCGCAUGAUCAACCAACUUAGGCCGAGGAAAUAA